AUGACCUUUGUGUGGGGGACCUCAGUUUCAGCUGUACCAACGUCCUCAGUUUCAGGAGCUGUACCAGCUUUCUCAGUCUCAGAAGCUGUACCAACGUCCCCAGUUUCAGGAGCAGGAGCGUCUGUACCUACCACGUCAUUGAGAGUUGGAGGCGCCACACCGUUGUCCGAAGCGCCAGCUUCAGCAAUAUCAGUCACAUCAGCCUCGACACCAGCUUUCUCUGGUUCCUCUUUGGGUUCGGGUUCAGCAACUUCUGCUUUGGUCUCAGGUUCAACAACGUCUGGCUUGGUGUCAGGUUCAGCAACUUCUGGCUUGAUUUCAGGUUCAGCCUCUACAGAUACUUGA